GUGCCCCAAACUACCCUCGUAGCGUUAAGUAGCAACCGCGGGUCUUUCUCUUCCAGUCCCUCAGUUCCCUCGACACUACCGUCCUCGCUCUCCGCUACUUCCUUUCUUCGCCCAUCACCCAAGGUUACGCCUGUUCUUCCCAGUCUGGAAAGAGGCCCUUCGAAACGCGUGCGCGAGGCAAAACACUCCAUGGCGGGGAACUCCAUGACGGGGAUACCCAUGUAUACCUACUUCCCAGGGCCGACGUUCCCGCCUUCUGUCCCGCUCCAGCCCAGAGCCGCGAGCGCCAGCUUCGAGAUUAACAGGUACGACAGAAGCUCGUCGCCAUCUGCUGCGGCUACGGCUCUCCAGCAAGAACGAAGCGCAACAACUGAUCGUGACGUUCAAAUUAGUGGCGAUGUAACUUUGUCGAUUCGCCAGCAGCCCAAGGAGGCCCUCGUCUGCCAGGAUGGAAAAGAGAAAAGCAAGUGCCUCCCGCAAUGCGCGUCGCGGCAACAACAUCAACUAACUGCGGCCAUGCUAUUAGCUCGGAAACCGGUGGAUCCUCCCCCAAUCCUACAGCUUAAGAUUCGAGCCAGUGCCGAUCCCCAACAACAUUUCAUGCAGAGCCCGUACCUGUUCAUGUGCUGUUGCUUGGUGGGUGCCAAAGACGAAGAAGACCAGCCCACUUCCAAGAACGGUGACAAUGCUCUGGCCGGUACUGUUGUCUCUUCGCUUCAUCGCCUAAAGGACGUUGACAAUCACGACGGCGCUUUCUUCGUCUUUGGUGACAUUUCGGUCAAACAGUUGGGCCAGCACCGCCUCCGCUUCAGCUUAUUCGACCUGCAUAAAAAUAGCGGCGAUGUUGUCUUCCUCUCAACCAUCAUCUCUGAGCCCUUCAGAGUUGUUGCUCCCAAGGACUUUCGUGGGAUGGAAGAGUCGACUUACCUCUCUCGUGCAUUCUCUGACCAGGGCGUCCGUCUUAGGCUGCGCAAGGAGCCAAGGACCGUGAUGAGCGGCAGCAAGAGGUCGUUCUACGGUGAGAACCAGAAGCCAACUCCUACUCAACCACCCGCAGGCACGGUGACGUCUUCAACCAGCCAGUAUCAGACCAGUGACUACCAUCACGGUACACAUACGGAAGAUGAUGCCAGAAUCAACAAGCGGCCUAAACCGGACGCGUUUUCAUCUUCCCCUUCGAAUAGCCUGGCGGUUCGAGCGCCAAAUAACUGGCAUUCUAGUAGUAUGCAUCAGCAGUGGCCCGGCAACAAUGGCUAUGGUAAUUUAACUGGUACCGGAAUCCAACGCACCACGGACUACCACCUACAACCCUUCACUGGCGUGACAGGGGGGGUUCCACCAUAUCCCGCGUCCACAAACAACCUCGCGCCACUGCUUUCGCCCACCAACCUGGGCGGACGCGGGUAUUCGACCCUGGGCCAACGCGGGUCGUUCCCCAACGUGACAUUGCCCGGGGAGUACAACAGCGAAAGCAUCGGUGCCGGACUCGACGACCUUCACGGGUUCACUGGGAGCGAACAUCAACCAAGUGUCGAUGCAACCGCCGACAGCACAGAGCUCAAGGGGUUUACGGACCAGCAAACUCCUCAAAGUUUUACGCAUGCUGGUGAUGCCAGUGUUCGCGGCGCGGUGCAAUCUCCCGAGUACAUGCGUGCCGGAUUUCCACAUGCCUACCAUGCCUCACUCGCUCGCCCUCAAAUAAAUCCGUACGAAAUGUACAGCGCCGCUGGUCGAGGCAGUGUCUCUUCGGGGUUCCCUGGCUAUAACAACGCUCCUAUGAGCCAUUAUCAAGAGCGAGUUCAACAAGCUCACCAACGUUUCCAAGAUCAGCUGCCCUUGUCAGGCGAAGGCGACGAUGGCAAUAUUGGGCCUCGUCAUGAUUUGGGCCCUCCUUACAAUCCCCCACACCCGGAACAUUUUGGAGAAACUGAGUAAAUGUCCAGUAACAGUCGUGGCGCGGUGCAGAGAUUCCCCCUUUCUUAUUCACUGUCUGUUGUCUUGAGCUUUCUACUUCUGCUGAUCGCUUCUCCCGGAUUGCUCGCUUCUACCCCUGCGCAUUAUGGAUGAGAUUUUGGCGCAUGCCCGGAGGAUUCUUUUUCAAAACGCAUCAACGGGCGCUCAACGGUAAUUACCUCGGCUGGCGGUCUCGUGGACGGUGGGUCUUUGAUACGUGAGCUUGUUGCU